CAAACAGCUUGCAUUGCAUCCUUGGUGUGUGUCUGUGUGCGUGUGUGUGUGCGUGUGUGCGUAUGUGUGAGAGUGUGCGGGUGUUUUUGAUUUCCCUCCUUCUCGGCCUGAAUCUAUCUUCGUUUUGUAUUACAAGAUUUAAUAAUGUUAAAAUGGCAGCCUGUCGUCGCUCAAAGCCAUUUUGGUUCCGAGGGCCCAUUGGACUAUCUGCGGACCCAUCUGAGCCAUCUGGCUGGCUGUAUCGCCCUUUAGCCCUGUCCUGCUGCAAUACCUAAUCACUGCCACGACCACCACAGCUUUAGUUCAUCAUCAUCAUCAUCAUCAUCGUAAUCAUCAUCGUUAUUGCUGUUAUUAUCGUU